AUGAAAAAUAAUGAAAUUUUGAAAUCGGCAAUUAAAGAACAGCACCGUGCACUUGGUUUUGCGCAAUCUAAAAUGUUUCUGCUUGAUUUUAACUAUUUAGGUUACUGCUUGCAUAACGGGAAAAUGAAAGAGUGUCCAAAUCGUAUAUGCUAUUUUUAUCAUUCGGACAAAGAAUUCAAAACUCAAAAUGGCUGUUACCUUCUACCAAGAAAAAACGCCAGAUUUCAACUGAAAUUUGAAAUAAACUUUGGCGAAAGUCCUGGAACUGUGAACGGAAAAGAAAUUGGAGUACCGGCUAAGUACGAAAUUGUAAAUAGCUUAUUCGACAUAAAUUAUUUUUGCACAUGUUCCAUAUGCAAUGAUCCAUCGAUCAUGACGAAUAUAUCAGAAGUAGUAAAUCUUCAUUGCAACGUAUCAGCGAUCAAAGAAGCGUUGCAGGCUGUGAUACCAAUGUCAAUGGUAACCACUACUAAUAAAAUAUCUACAACACUCUCGGCAAGUACAUCGUCUACGACAAGCACGACUACAGUAACAGCUACUACAAUGACUACGACAACCACGGCUACACUCUCAAGUACUAGUGCUACCAAAAUGGCAACUGGGAGCUCAGCUUCUUUUCGAAUGGGCUUUGGCAUUAUCUGCUUUGAAAGUUUUUUCCUAUAUUGGAAUAAUCUGCAUUAA